GUCAACCUCACCACCAUGUCUGAAAUAGAUGAGUUUCCAGCAGUAUGUGAGAGAUGCUGUGGUCCUGAUAAGCAUAUCAAGAUGAUCAGGCAGCCAUUUGGAGAAGAGUGCAAGCUUUGCACUCGACCAUUCACCGUAUUCCGUUGGAACACUAGAGAUUCCGGUAAUAAAUCAAAGAAAACAAUCAUUUGUCAAACAUGUGCUAGAUCGAAGAACUGUUGUCAAUCUUGCAUGCUAGAUAUCGCCUACUUGAUUCCGUUGGAAUUGAGAGACGCUGCUUUGAAGAUGGCAGGAAUAGAUAAUACAUUAGCUAUCGAACAAGGGUCUUCAUCCAAUAGGGAAGUUAAGGCGAUCAUGGCAGAUAAAAUGGAAUCACGAUUGAAAAAAGAAGAUGAAUCUGAAAAUUGCGCUAAGGCCCGAGACAUACUUACAAAGCUAGCUGAAAAGCUAAAUGCCACUGAAUCCAAGCUCAAUAAAAAAUCGAAUCUAAAUAAAAAGUCAGAAACCAGUGAUAUUAAGAACGUGGAUGUAUCUAAAAUCUUAUCCAAACUUCCCUUCGGUGGGCUGCUAAAGGAACCGUCAGAUCCAAGUGUUACCUCCUUUUUCAUUUUUGGAAUAAAUGCUGACGUUCCUCAAUACACAAUAUCCGACUACUGUCAUAAGUUUGGUAAAACGAAAAAUAUGACCAUUGUGCAUAAUGCAAAAUGUGGAUUUAUUUCUUUUACAAGCAGAAAAUCAGCAGAAAGCUUCGCUCAAGCUAUUCGAAACAACGGGUUGAAUAAAGAUAAUAAAAAAGCUGGUCUUUUAUUACUUGAUAAUAAAUACCCUGUUAGAGUGACUUGGGGAAAUCUUAAACCAUUGGGUAGAACAAAUGAAGAACAUAAAAAGAUAGGCUUGGUUGUACUCAAGGUGUUGAAGCAGUUGGCUGAGAAGAAGUAAUGGUCAUAGUAUAUAUCAUAUUAC